CGUGGAAGGGAAAAUCGAUACGGGUGUGACUGAAAGCUGCUGCAUGGAUGUUGUGAAGAAAUACUAGCGAGUCGUUGGUGGGGAAAGGGGCUAACGCAAUAGCGUCGUGUUUAUCGUAUAGGUUUUAAUAUUCUUUUUUUAAAAUGGGAAACUGCCACACCGUUGGACCUAACGAAGCCCUUGUGGUUUCAGGUGGCUGCUGUGGCUCUGAUCAAAAGACGUAUGUUGUUGGAGGCUGGGCUUGGGCAUGGUGGCUCAUCUCUGACAUCCAGAGAAUGUCUCUGGAGGUUAUGACCAUCCUGUGUCGCUGUGAGAAUAUCGAAACCUCGGAGGGUGUUCCCUUGGAUGUGACUGGGGUGGCCCAGGUUAAGGUGAUGACCGAGAAUGAACUGCUGGGUUACGCCUGCGAGCAGUUUCUAGGGAAGUCAGUCAUCGAGAUCAAGAGCGUCAUCCUGCAAACUCUUGAAGGUCACCUGCGUGCCAUCCUUGGCACCUUGACUGUGGAGCAGAUUUACCAAGACAGGGACAAGUUUGCCACUCUGGUCCGAGAGGUGGCAGCACCUGAUGUCGGCCGCAUGGGCAUUGAGAUCCUCAGCUUUACCAUUAAGGAUGUGUAUGACAAAGUGGAGUAUCUGAGCUCACUUGGCAAAACGCAGACAGCUGCAGUGCAAAGGGACGCAGACAUCGGCGUGGCAGAGGCAGAGAGAGACGCUGGAAUCAGGGAAGCCGAGUGUAAGAAAGAAAUGAUGGAUGUUAAGUUCUUAGCAGAUACAAAAAUGGCUGAUUCCAAGCGGGAGCUGGAAAUGCAGAGAGCAGCCUUCAAUCAGGAAGUGAACACAAAGAAAGCAGAAGCUCAGCUUGCUUAUGAGCUGCAAGCAGCCAAAGAGCAGCAGAAGAUCCGUCUGGAAGAAAUUGAAAUCGAAGUGGUCCAGAGGAAGAAGCAGAUCAAGAUUGAGGAGAAGGAAAUAGACCGCACUGAGAAGGAGCUCAUUGCCAUUGUGAAAAGGCCUGCUGAGGCAGAAGCCUACAGGAUGCAGCAGUUGGCUGAGGGACAGAAGAUGAAGACUGUCCUUACAGCCCAGGCUGAGGCAGAGAAGAUCCGCUUUAUCGGCGAAGCAGAAGCCGCCUCCAUCGAAGCUGUGGGCAAGGCUGAGGCUGAGAAAAUGAGGCUGAAGGCUGAAGCUUACCAGCAAUACGGCGCUGCUGCCAAGACAGCUUUGGUCCUGGAGGCUCUGCCCAUAAUUGCCAGCAAAGUGGCUGCACCGUUGGCCAAGACCAAUGAGAUUGUUAUCCUGAGUGGCGAAAGCAGCCGUGUUACAGGAGAGUUGAACCGUCUGUUAGCUGAACUCCCAGUUUCUGUCAACGCCCUCACCGGAGUGGAUCUGACCAAGAUUCCUCUGCUGCAGAAGUUGACCAGCCAAGCCGCCGUCUAAUGAAUCUGAAACCUUCACCAUAAACAAUAUCUGCCUCAAGCAUGACAACACUUUCUGACCUACUUAUGCAACUGCCACAAACACCAAACUAGUCUAGUUUUUUUGUGUUUUAUUCCCCCCUUCUUAGGUAAAAAUCUCUAGAUUAGUCAAUCAGGAUUUUAUGCUGCAGUCCCGUUCAAUUCAACAUCCUGUAUGUGUGUGUGCGUGCGUGCGUGCGUGUUUUCUAUUGUGUUUUACAAAGAGAACACACCGAUUGUGCUGGCAAAAAUCCCCCCCAAAAUAUUAAAUGUUGUCUCAUCUCCAAAGCUGUUUGAGUGCCGCAGCACUUCUGUCAGGUUGCAAUGUUAUUCCACUCAAAGUGUGCCAGCCCCACCUCGUGGUUACACCACUUUUCUGAUCGCUGUUAGCUUUUUCCUCGCCUCGCUUGUCCUCCUCCUCCUCCUCUUCUUCUUGGUCUGUGCUGUGCCUGUCAAAUCACCACUCAAGUGCCCUAACCUUUUAGGACGGUGGUUUGGCCUCAUAUGUGGUUCAGCUGCCUUUACUAACACACUAUUUGUGUUUUAGGAAGGAUGGCCUUAGGUGACCGAGUACCAGCAGGUCACCCAUCACUAGUACCUCAUGUAGCAUGUUGUAGACGCUCAGGGCCAUUCACUCUUUGCUUCUUUUUACCUUCUCGCUCUAAAAUUUACCGUUUUUUUUAGAAUAUUUACACAGUACUGUAGUCCUGUGUUUUGUUGUAUUUACAGUAACGCUAGUAACUAACAGUCGCAUGUACACAGCAGAUUAACGUGACAAGCAUCAACUUUUUUUCUUACUAUAACAUGUAAAUUGCUGGUAAAUGCAAACAUUUGAUAAAGAAGUUGAGACAUGAGCAGUCUAUUCGUACAGUAGGAAGGGGAUUCAUAUGGCUUCGUUAAUCGUGUUUCACCUGACACAUGAAACGUGACGACUUGAGGGGGGUUGCACUGUUCACUUUAGCCUACAGAUGGCAGAGUGUUGACUACCUUUAAAUGUGUUUUGUGGCAAGACCAACUUUGACCACCAAUGUGAGUUGAUUUGUAGAGUGGCACUUUCCAUUGUUUUCCGAUGACUGCUUUGCAAAAUGAUUAAGCCCAAUCUUCCUCUCACAGGUGAUCCAUCCAGGAAUGGGGCCAUAUGAAGCCCUCCCUACUGUACCGUGUCUACAUGUGCGCAGGUGUGAAUUCUGUCAAGUCUGUGUUUCCCAACCUAUUUAACUGAGGCACAUAUUUUAAAUUGGACAUAUCUCACUGCAUACAGAAUGAUGAAGGUUCUGUCAUAUAUUUAACAGUGCUGUCAAACGAUGACAUUUUCUAAUCAGAUUAAUCGCACUUUUGGAUUUCUAUUUAUCGUGAUCACAGGUUACUACUCUCUUACAUAAUAUAAAUUAACUUGAAUAAAGACCCAAUAUUUGGACACAAUCAAUUUUACAGUCAGAAUGUCAUCCAGGAAAAUUGUUAAAAUGUGCUACUGUAAUGCACAACAUUUAUUUGCCCGGAAUGUGGGCAAAUAUCUUAUGUCCAGUCUGGGUUUAUUUUGCAGUGAAAUUAGCCAGCGAGCACAACAUCUUGGCACUGACGAAUGCAUUGGCCUUAUUACAACUACUUGUGAAAUAAAUUGUGUGAUUAAUCUCCUUGAUUAAUGCGAUUAUUUUUGUGUGAUUAAUCACAUGUUAACUCGUUAUUUUAUGACAGCCGUGGUAUUUAAUUUUUCUGCCUGUGACCUGUGAACAGAUACUGCGUGUUGUAGUGAAAUGUAAUAUUUUUAGACUGAUUAAGUGUAUUAAAUAGUGCUGUCAAAAAAUGACCUAUUUUAAUCAGAGGAAUCACACUUUUGGAUUAAUUGUGAUUAACCACACGUUAUGCUCGUACAUAAUUUGAACUAACUUUUAAAACACCCCAACAUUUGGACAUAAAUGCAGUUUUACUGUAACGAUGUCGUUGAACGCACUUCUGCACAUGUGAUUAAUCCGUGUAUAUACACGAUUAUUGUAAUGUUUUCUUUGUGAAUAUUAACAUGAGAUAACUCGUUAUUUUUAACAGCCCUAAUGUUUAAUUUUGCUGCGUGUGAACUUUGAACAAAUACUGCGUCUUAGUUGUAGUAAAUAAAUUUGAAUUUUUGGACCGAUGUGCUGUCAAAUGAUGACUUAUUUUAAUCAUAAUAAUUACACUUUUGAAUUUGGUUCAAUGGUGAUUAAUCACAGGUUAUUGCUCGCUUUAUGAUUUAAAGUAACUUUAAGAAGACCCCAAUAUUUGGACAUAAAUGCAGUUUUACUGUCAGGAUGUCGUUAAAAGCACUUCUACACAUUUGAUUAAUCUUCGUAUAUACAUGAUUGUUGUAAUAACUUUUUGUCAUUAAUUACAUUGAUUUAACUCGUUAUUUUUGACAAUGUUUAAUUUUGCUGCCUGUGAAGUUUGAACAAUUACCGCGUCUUAGUUGUAGUAAAUAAAUUAGAAUUUUUGGACCAAUUAAGUGUAUUUAAACUUGCUGUCAAGUUAUUACUUAUUUUAAUCAUAAUAAUUACACUUUUGAAUUUGGAUUAAUGGUCAUUAAUCACAGGUUAUUACUCGCUUUAUGAUUUAAACUAACUUUAGAAAGACCCCAACAUUUGGACAUAAAUGCAGUUUUACUGUCAGGAUGUCGUUGAAAGCACUUCUACACAUGUGAUUAAUCUUCUUAUAUACAUGAUUAUUGUAAUAACUCUUUGUGAUUAUUAAUAUGAGUUAACUCGUUAUUUUGACAACCCUAAUGUUCAAUCAUUCUAUAAACCAAUACUGUAUUAUUUUUAGUAAAUAAUAUGGACCAAUUAAGUGAAAUUGGAUCAUUUUUUUAUGUGCCUCGGCGCAGUGGUUGGGAAUCACUCACAUGUCACCCUUUCUCCUUUGUGACUGACUUAGUCGGUUUGUGUGAAAUCUAUAGAAGACAAAAGGUUUUAAGCUUACCAAUAUUUAGUUUGUAGAGGAAAUAAUUUGUUUUGUACACAGUGCCUUUGUCACAAAGAAAAGAGUCAUUUUAUUGUUACUAUUAGUAUUAUCCUAUUCAUCUUCUUGCUCAGCUGUUCAUUGCAACAUGUAGACGAUGUAAACAUGCUAACCUGCAUCCUUUCCUUUUGUACUUGUUCAGCCUGAUACAUUUGAUAACAUCACACAUGGGAACACAUCAAUUAAUGUACGUGGCUGCAAGAAUUUAGAGUUAACUGUUGCUAUUUUUGUGAUAUUCGCAUCAGCUAUAUUUAGUCAUUGUUUUGGCCAGUAUAUUUUUGUGCCAAAAAUUGCUUUGUGUUACUCUAAGACCAAACUUAGACCUAUGCCUUAACUCUCAUUUGAAAACAUUCAAAUCAUGUGUAUGUUGUGACAAAAAAAAAAAAAAGAGAAUCGUACUAAAAUUGUGGAUUUUUAGUUAUGCUUCCCAUGUUAACACUGACCUUUUGAAAAGUAGAUCAAGCAUGGCGUUUGAUGCAUGUGUUCAUGCUAUUCUGUGUUGUGCGCCAUCCUCUAAUAAAAGAUAUACUGUAUACAAA